AUGGGCAACUUCAGACCGGCGCAACACUUCAAAAUAGUUCCUGAAUUAACCCCCUAUAUCAUCGGUCUACCGGCAGUCAUUGAAGAAUUUGUCAGUAUUGCUGGAGCUAAGUACAUAGGCGGAUCCUACGUUGUUGAUUGCAACGCUGUCAUACCAGAUCUUCGAAUGAAAGUGGUCGAUGAGAAAGGUGUAAUUACUAUAAGUGCGGACAAUCUUGUUAUAAAGAAGGAAAACGAAUGCGUACUUGCAUUUGCCUCUCAACCAUCAUUUGGCUUUGGUCCAGAUAUGUAUUUUGGUGCCCCGCUCUUCAAGCAAUACUGCAUUGGUAUAGACUUUCCACUGAGCAUUGUCGUAAUUCGUCCCCUCUCUUCCCCAACAACUACUACUACUGUCAACCCCAGGUAAGC